AUGGACCAGCAAGUUUGGAACCCUAUAUUCUCACCAAGCGGGACAACACCGGGAAAGUCUCCCUCUUAUUAUAAUGAGUUGGCUCCUCAAUCGCAGAAUCACAUAUCUAAUCAAGAUUCUCAACUCCCAUCACAAGCUCAACAACAUCAACUUUUUCAUAUAGAUGGUGGUGGUUCCAAUCAUUCAACUCCUUCAGGUAAUAUCCAACUCCCAUCUUCUUCUCAACAAAACACACCACAUAUUGUUUCUAAUACUCCUACUGCUUUUGCAGAUAGUGAUCAGAUGUUCUUGCAACAUAUGGAAAUGUAUGAAAACCAACAACAGACAAACCAGUCAGCCGGCAAUACUCCGGGACCAAUGUCGUUUCAUAAUCAUAAUCCUAAUUUACAUCAUUCAUCCCAACACCAGCAGCAACAGCACAUAUCUCCUCAUUUGAAUAACGAACAGCAACAACCAUACCAACAUCAACAUUCUCGUUCACGCUCGCAUAUAGAUUCUGAAGUGCCAUCUGCAAACGACACCCCAACUUCUUCUGGUGCUUUGGGCUUAGUGCCACAACCACCACCCGUUUCCUCAACAACCAACCCUCAAUCUUUUGAUCUUGGGUUAGACACAAUAGGUUUUAUCAUUCCCGAGGAGUUGAAUUUUGAUACAGAUCCAAAUCACAUAUCCAGUGCAUUUCCACCGCAAUUACCUGCUGACCAGACUCCAAGUUUAUUAGCAGUCAAUAAGUUGAAACAAUUACAAGAGCAACAACAACAACAACAGCAGCAGCAAGAGCAACAACAGCAGAGACAUCAUGAUCCGUUGAGCGAGCUUUCAUCACCAGUACUACCUGGACAAAAUGACCAAUCAUACAACCCACUGCAUUACUAUCAUCGACAUAAUUCAAGCAAUAAAGUCUUUGUCUCCGGCAAAAAUACUGGAUCUACUGUUUCGGCACCUUCCCAACACGUGAGACCUGAUGCUGUCUUUACUCCUUUAGUCUCUCCCGUUGUUGCUCCAUUAGAUACAAAUAGCAAAACUGACAGGGAAAACAGUAGUGGCCAUAACAAUCCACAUAGUAGCUCAUUUUCCCCUCAACCUGCCUUACAGAUAUCCUUUGAACCAUUGACAUCACCAGCAUUAAAUGCCGAGCCAUCAACGCUAAAAUCUAAAUCCGGAAAUAAGAACCACAAAGAAACCGAUGAUAGAAGAAGGUCAACUAGUUCAGCAUAUGCUCCAAGCAAAGAUGAAAACAAACAAUACAAACGUAGAACUCCACAUGGAACACCAAUUUUACAAGGUAAUACAGGUAAUGCUACCACAAUUAAUGGUAGUGGUAAACCAUACAAGUCACCAAUUACGAAAAAUGGCAAGAAUACUCAAAAGCAGGAUUUUUCUUUUGCAAAUCAGUUUGAGAAGUUGCCUGAAUCUACCAUAACAGUGAAAAGUGAACCACUGGAGGCAUCGCUAGAUGCACCACCACCAACACCACCACAACAACAACAACAGCAGCUAGAUGACAGUAAUCCAAUGUUACCUCCAAAUGGUAGACCAAUUGAAAUAACUGGAGCCCCAUUAAUGGGAUUCACUAUGGGAAAACUAGCUGAAGGUGGAGCAGGAACAAUUGCCGAUAAAAAGCUGGUACGAAGAACAAGUAGUAACAAUGGUAAACUAUCUCGUAAAUCAAGUUAUUCAAAACAUAGGAAUUCAGUAUCAUCAAGCUCCGAUGACUCAUCUUCCACGUCUACUUCAACAUCACCAAGAAUACUAGCAAAUAAUGGUACCAACUCCAGUGGUAAAAAGUCAGAAAAACCAGCAACGAAAAAGGCAUCUCAUAAGUUGGCUGAGCAAGGAAGAAGAAAUAGAAUGAAUAAUGCAGUGCAAGAAUUAGGAAGAUUGAUUCCGCAAAGUUAUCACGAUGAAGUUAGUAUUCCUUCUAAAGCAACAACAGUUGAAUUGGCCUCGAAAUAUAUUACCGCUUUAUUAAAGGAAAUUGAAGAGUUGAAAGAAAUGAAGUAA